AUGAUCCAGUCCAUGUUUAUUCUGACUACAACCGGUGAGGUCAUCAUCGAGAAACACUGGCGCGGUCUUACGAAUCGUAACGUGUGCGAUUUUUUCAUGGAGGAGGUCAAUAAAUACCGCGAGCGCGAGGACGUGCCGCCCAUUAUCACCACCAGCAAGUAUUAUCUCAUCAGUGUUUUUCGUGAUGAUUUGUUUGUACUGGCAGUCGUAACGAACGAGAUCUCGCCUCUUUUUGUUAUUGAGCUCCUGCACCGAAUCCUUGCGGUCUUCCGUGACUAUUUCGGCAACUUUGAUGAGAAUGCAAUGAAGGACAACUUCUCGACGGUUUACCAACUACUCGAAGAGAUGCUGGACAAUGGCUACCCGUUGACCACGGAGCCAAACGCACUCAAAGCGAUGGUGGCUCCGCCUUCUACUGCCAAUCGUAUAGCUGCAAUGGUGUCGGGCAAGUCACGUGUAAGCAAUACGCUGCCGGACGGUGCGAUUUCUAACAUUCCGUGGCGGAAAAGCGGCGUGCGCUAUACGCAAAACGAAAUCUACUUUGACAUCGUGGAGGAAAUUGACGCCAUUAUUGAUGUGUCUGGCCGCAUGAUUUCGUGCGAGGUGAAUGGUGCCAUUCAAAGCAACAGUCGCCUUUCUGGCGUACCAGAUCUUACCAUGGUGUUCACGGAUCCGUCCGUGAUUGACGACUGCUCGUUCCAUCCAUGUGUGCGGUACUCGAGGUAUGAGCGAGAACGCGUGAUCUCGUUUGUGCCACCUGAUGGACAAUUUGAGCUCCUGCAGUACCGCGUUCAAGUGCAGGAGCUUGUUCCACCAGUGUACUGUCAACCGCAGAUCACGUACAAUGAGAAGGGUGGGGGUAUUCUAGACUUGAUGGUAGGUACGCGGGGCAUGCCCACGUUGAACUCGAACGCAAAGAGAAAUUUGCAGGUCGAAGAAGUCACUGUGGAAGUGACUUUUCCAAAGAGCGUGCGUACAGUUGAUGUGAAUACAGAGUAUGGCACCUGCUUGUUCGAUGAGGCAUCCAAGACUGUCAAGUGGAAUGUGGGCAAGCUAGGCAAGAAGGUGCUGAACCCAUCUUUGCGUGGCAACAUCAUUCUCCACCAGAGCGCUGUUGUGCCGGACGAGAAGCCCGUUGUGCUUCUCGGCUUCAAGGUACCGAUGUCAACCGUUUCUGGGCUGAACGUUGAAACGUUGCUGAUCACCAAUGAAAAAUACAAGCCUUACAAGGGUGUGCGAACAAUGGCGAAGGCUGGUCGCUUCCAGAUCCGGACGUAG